AUGGAAGAGUGUAAAACUGAGAAAAUCAGUACUAAGCGCUCCAGAGAGGAUCCGGACUCGGCCGAGUCGAAGCGAGUUCAUACAGUGGCCGAGUCGAACCGAGUUAACUCGGACUCGCCGGAAGUGAAGCAGAUCAGAGAAGAAGUAUUGGAUAUCUUAGAUGAACAGGAGAUUUUAACUGACCGUUUACCUGAGGUUGAAGAGCUGGAUUCGGUGAUGAAGAGCUUUGAAGAAGAGAUUGUUCAUCCAUCAAUUCAACAAACUAAUCUCAAUUCCGUCGAUCCUCAACUAGACCUCAGCUAUCUUCUAGAAGCCUCAGAUAAUGAGCUCGGACUCCCUCCUACCGCUUUAUCUUUCGAUGACCAUGUUAACGCCAAAAACAACAUCGCUGGAUCGGAGAAUGUAAUUGAAUUUGAAAAGGAGUUGCUGCCGAGUCACGAACUCGGAUUACUUGAUUACCAGGAGUCACUGGAAUUGUCUUAG